GUCAGGAAGAAGAUAAACAAAACAAACCAGAGAGGAAGACGGCGUGGAUUGAGAAGAUAUGACAUUAAGUUUGCCUAAAGACGGAGAAAAUUGGAAUUACAACCAUUUUUUGUACUAGUAUAUGGGUAGCUUAAAGACAACAGUCAAGUGAGGAGGACAACUCAGGCAUACUUAAAUGUGCCGCUGAAGCCUCCAUAUUAAAAAAAAACAAAAAAAAAAACAAGAACUUUUUUUUUUUUUUUUCUUUUUACGCUUAAAAUCAAAUUUCCUCCAGAGAUUGACGAAAAGAUAGGGCGACUGAGACAGGGGAGGUGGCAGAACAGUUUCCGUCAAGGAACUGAAGAUCUGUGCUCUGCAAUGCCUCAGCCCAGCAUUAGCGGAAUGGACCCUCCCUUUGGGGAUGCCUUUCAAAACUGCUCUUUUACUGACCAGGCGCUAACCAGCACAGACCUGUUGGCUAACAGUUCUGACCCAGAUUUCAUGUAUGAACUGGAUCGGGACAUGACUUGUCGCCAGAGCCCUAGAGGAGAUAUUUUCGCAGGCGGUGACUGCAAAGACUUGGACAGCAUGGAUCAUUUACCUGAGCUAGUAGACAACGACCCUGCCUACAGCUCAAACUUUGAGCAGUGGGACACAUACUGGGAGGACUUGACAAAGUACACUCGCCUCACCAGUUGCGAUAUCUGGGGCACCAAGGAAGUUGAUUUCUUGGGCCUUGAUGACUUUUCCAGCCCUUACCAGGAUGAAGAGGUGAUAGGUCGGACACCCACCUUGGCCCAACUCAACAGUGAGGACUCGCAGCCAGUUUGUGACACUCUUUACCAUCCGGACUUGCUAGUGGGUCAAAAGCAGCUUUUGUUUCCACCUCCUACCAUGGCCAAGAAGACCAACAAACUCAGCAACUCUGCAACCGGCGCCUCGUCGAGUCGCAACCCUCUGCCGGACUUUGCCGAGGGAUCGCAGAAAGCUACCUGGCCUGUUCCCUCCAGCACUGACACAAUGGCCAAGGCCCAGUUUCAGGGCCCUAGCAAAGCCUCACCUGCACUUCUGGACAACAUGGAUUACGUUCGCAAAGCCAAGGUACGCAUCAGCGUACCACGCAAGCCUUCAGUAGAGUGCUCUGCGCAGUUAAGCAUUUCUGCCUCACCUCUUAUCCAGGAGCACGAGUCGUCAGCCUCGCAGGUCAGCGAGGACCCAGCCGUCGUCGCUGCUAACACAGCAUCCUCCAUCAGCUGCGAAAAGAGAGUGGAGACUCCUAAACGAGAGGUACCGAGCAGUCCCGGUCCAGAAAUAGGGACCCUGAGGACGGUGCAACACAAGCUCCACUUCCCCGUAGCCGCCGGCAGUGAAACCUUGCUCACCGUGAGUGCCCUUGGAGCCGACGCUUCUGCCGCAGACAAAAAGAAAGAGGAAGAGCACAACUACUCGUUAUUCUUAACCAGGGCCAGGCUGGCGGCGAAGGCGAGUACUGACAUGGAAGAAGAGGAAGAGGAGGAGGAAGAAGGCGAGGAAGAGGAAGAAGAGGAGGAGGCAGAGGGAUUGGAUCUAGAUGAUGAAGAUCAUGAUGAAGGGUUUGGCAGUGAACAUGAGCUCUCAGAGAACGAAGAGGAGGAGGAAGAGGAAGAUGAGGACUAUGAGGGCGACAAAGACGACUACGUUAGUGAUGCAUUCUCAGAGCCAGGAUGUGACACUGAUAUGGUUGAUGAUGUCAAAGGCCUGACAGCUGGAAUUUCCAGGAAGAGGGGAAAGCGUAGAUACUUUUGGGAGUAUAGCGAGCAGCUCAUCCCAUCCAAACAGGAGCGCAUGCUGAAACCCUCCGAAUGGGACAGAGACACACUUCCCAGCAACAUGUACCAAAAGAAUGGACUACACCAUGGAAAAUACACGCUGAAGAAGUCGCGGCGGACGGAUGUGGAAGAUCUUACUCCAAACCCUCGAAAACUUCUUCAGAUUGGCAAUGAACUCCGGAAACUCAAUAAAGUUAUCAGUGACCUGACGCCGGUUAGCGAGUUACCACUAACCGCUCGGCCUCGAUCUCGGAAGGAGAAAAACAAGCUUGCAUCCAGGGCCUGCAGGCUGAAAAAGAAAGCUCAGUAUGAAGCCAACAAAGUCAAGUUGUGGGGCCUUGGAACUGAAUAUGAUCGUUUGCUGUUCGUUAUCAAUGCAAUCAAAGAAGAGAUAGUCAGCAGAGUUCAGGAUAUCUCGCAUGACAAAGGAACAAGCAUGACGGACAAGCUGGAUAAACUCAUUGAGGAUACCUUAGUGCAGCCACCAGUGGCCGGCCAGACUUCAGACUUUGUGAAUCAGAUCCUGGAGAACACUGGGAAAGGAGAUCCCACCGGAGGGCUGGUGGGGUUGCGUGUGCCCACCUCGAAGGUGUAAAGAGUCCCGCCGACCAUCACCUGGGAGCACACCCGAAGCCAUCCGCGCCAUUCUUGUCCCACACUGUAACGGCCCAACACUCUGCAUGCCCAUUUCACUUGGAGACGCAUCCUCACGUUUAAAGUGAAUACAUGCAUACGAUACCCGCUUGUCCGUGCAUACGUAUGUAUAUAUUCACCUCGUGCGCACCAAUGGAAAUGAAACUCGUAGUUAACCUUUGCACUCAGUAGUCUGUUUCCUACCAUGUGUGCAUGUGGCUGGUAUCGAUCAACAGGCCGCCAUGUCGCAAACAUUAAAAGCCAAUAUACGAGAUACCUCCAACAAAUGAGAAAAAGAGAGAGAAAAAAGCUAAACAAUGAGCACCAGUUCUUGCUGUAGCCAUUUUCCUCUUGCGUCCAGCUAAAUCUGUCAAAUGCCCAUUAAGAGUUUUGGAAAGCAGAGGCGCACUCUGCAGAAAAACUGCGAAGGCAUUAGAUCCUUUGAUUUAGCCGUCAAAAAGGUGUAAAUGCAGACUUUCCGAGUUUUUGAACACGGCAUGUACGAUUUUACCCUGGUUAGGCCUCUCGACUGAGGGCAUAAGCGCCCAGCGGGGAUUCCUGUUCGAAGUAUUUUUUUCGACGAUCAAUUGAGAUACACCAACUACGACAAGGCAAAAGAACGCAAAGUUACUGAUGUUCGGUGUAUAUAUGUACAACAGGGAUGUUUCAAGAGAGUAGCAAGUGAGGAAACAGGCCUCAAAAGCCCUUUUCCAUAGAGUUGCGAUCGUCUCAGGUUGGAAAGAGAGAGAGAGAGUGUGUGUGUGUGUGUUGUUUUUUUCUUCUCCUUUCUUUGACUUGAGCAGAUGGUCAGUUAAAUCCCUUAUUGUAAAUAGGCAAGUUGAUUAUUAUCCACUGGUGAAAUCUUUUCCUUUCUACACUUUGGUUGAAGUGCCCUCACGUCAAAUCACCUUUGAUGUUGUUUUGCAAAUUCUCAGCGAACGGGGCUUAAAAAGCUGAUUCCCAGAUCGGGUUUUGUUUAUAUUUGUAUUUUAUACAAGUAAGAUUCAUUGUGCCUUGUAAUCGUGGAGUUGAGGAAAAAUACAACUCGGUAGAGAGCGCAAAUGGACCAUUUUGCAGAAAGCAAGAAGUGGAGUCAGUCGGGAGGAGGUUUGUAAUGUAUUUCAGCUCUUUAAAGAUACUCUGAAUGUACAUAGGAACAUGGAAAAUAUAGAUAUAUGCCACAGAGUCUGUGCUUUGUAUCAUAAGAUGGCUCUGGCAAACGUACUUUUUUCGGUACUUCGUUUAAGAGGGGAUGGGGGGUGGGCGGUGUCGUAAUAUAAGAAAUAUUCACAUAUAUAUAUAUAUAAAAAAAACAAGAAAUGAUAUUUGCACACUAUAUUUUGAUUGUUUUGUUUUUUGUACCAAAGACACAUGCAACUUAAAAUGGCAACUAGCCUGUCUAAGUAAGGUUUUGCACAGCUUACCUGACACCGUAUUGAAUGUAGGAAAAAUGGUAGGGUCAGGGAUUUCUAAUGAACUGUGAAAUUUGCUUGGGUCCAAUUCUCUGCAGAAAGAAGCGUUCAUUUGCAUCCUCGUCGAAUUUUGUACUGUUCUUUUUGUUCUCAUUCGUACCACCAUUCGGUUUUCCUCCGCCGAAGUUUCGUUGCGUAUUUAAAAGAUGAGCUAUAAAGUUAAUGGAGAUGCUUCUAUUUUGCCCGUAGAAGAUAUUAACACCAAACCAAAAGGUUUACUUCUUUUUUUUUUUCCUUUUUUUUUUCCCUAUAGUUGUAGAGGAGAGUGCAUAUACAAAAAUGAUACGUUUAUAUAAGUUUGAAUAUGCAUUCAUCCGUGCACACGUUAAGACGCCACCUUCUGAAAUGAUAUGUUACUCGGCAUGAAACAUUUCUAUGCUUGUCUUCUUGUUGAAAUAUUGAACGAAAAAUUGAAUUGCGUAUAUUUUUGUAGAGAUUGCCUUUAUAUUUCCUUUUUGCGCUACCCACAGAUUUCUUGCGGAAAAAUUCUGAAAUGUUUUCGAAAGCACUUAUCUUGCUAAGGGAAAUCAGAUGAUCCUUUGCAAAUUGUUUAUUUAAAGAUAGAAAAUCCUGAUUUAAAAUUGUGUGUAAAACAAUCUUAUAUAUAUAUAUAGCUUAUAUAUACUUCACCGGCUGAAUCUCACAGUAAAAAGUCCAGGUUGUUUAAACCCCAGUAUUGAAAUUGCAUAAACAAAUCAUUAAGAAAAACAAAAUUAAGCACACUUUACACCCAAAUUCUCAAUACAGAAAUUCAAACAAUUCUAAGUGGCAUAAAAAUAAACAUUUGAUACACUGAAGAACUGAAAUGGAUAAUAAAAACUGUCCUAAAAUUAGGACUAUUAUGAAAUUAUUUGAAUCGACCCAAACCGUUUUUGUGAGAUUUUUCCUGCCACCACAAUCUGCUGCAAAUUUGUUCGCUCUGAAAAAAACUUCCGGGUGGAAUUGUUAAUAGUUUUGCUAAAGGCCUUUUAAAAGUGACUUUAUUCUUGAUGCUGAAGCUUGUAGAGAAGGUUGUUUCUCAAAUAUCAUCUUGAUCAAAGAAGGGAGAAUAUUUUUUCCUUUAAAAUCUAAACUAAGAGUUUUGUAAAGCUAUUUUUCUUUAUUUGCUUUUGGUAGCAUAGUAAAGAUUCUAUAUACCGUCCAUUAUGUGUUGUAACCUCUUUAUUUUUUCCUUUUUUUGUACAUAGACAUGAAUUUAGAUUCAUUCUAAAUGUGGAAAAUAUAUACAGUAUAUUAUAUAUCUAGAAAUGUAUAGUAAGUUCUAUAUUACAUGUAAGAAAGCAAAAGCACUUUGUCUAGACAAAAAGAUAAAAAAAACAAAAAAAAAUAAGCUUUCCCCCUCCCAUUUGCUGCUAAACCGACCUCGUUUGAAUGCUGCGGCGUGUACUUGACUUUUGCCAUCUUGACCAGGGCAGUGUGACAGAGAGGUCUUGAGCGGAGACAGACAUUCGUAUGCGUCUCAUUGAGUAGUGAGGACUCUGAUGUCACAAUCUUCAUUUGCCUUCAGUAGACAUUUCCUAUGGAAAAAUACAAAUUCUGCUUUGGAUUUUUCUUCAGGUCGAUGUACAGUGUUGACAUUCUCUCUGGCCAGAGAUAGGUAUUGUUGUCGUGGAUUUAAUUUUUUACUUACAGGGGGAAAUCUGAGCUCUUCGAGAAAGUAGCUCAAAAAAAAAAAAUUAAUAUAUAAAUAUAUAUAUCGCUGUACUGUAAGGCAGUUCCAUUUGCCAUGGGGAAUCAAUUGGACGAAGUUUUUAUUUUGCUUUUUUUUUUUCCUCUUUAAGAACCCAUUAAUUUUCAAAAGACAGCAAAGCCAUUUGGCGGCAAAAACCGGCCUUUCUUGUGCCACCCACAGCUCAAAACUUCUCAAAAGUGGCAUUAGCUCCAAAUAAUGAUUGUUCUGUAAAAUAAGCUUGAUGGCAAGUGACAAUGAGCAUACGGAGAUGGAAAUGCAUGUUGUCCUUCUGUCGACGGCCUGCUGUUUUGAGAGCGUCUGGUAGUCAUCGUAGUGUGCUGUCGCAAGCUCUCGCAUUCAACAUGAUGUUGUGAGCUGUGCAGUUUAGUGUUUUAACCAGGGGACUCUGUGGCAUUCAAACAGUUAAGGAAAAGGUUGCUAUUUAAAGCCAGUAUUUUAUCUUUCUUUCUUUCUUUCUUUCCGAUCAUGUUUUAUAUAAAGAACGAUAUUUAAAAAAACACAUACGCAUAUAUACACACGCACACAUGUAUAUGUGUGUUUGUUUUGCUUCAUAGUGUUUUUUUUUUUGUUUGUUUGUUUUUUAAUAUUAACAUUCAUAAUGGGCUGUCACAUACCAAUUAGUUCUUUUAUAAUCUUAGGGAAAUAAUUUUUGCCUUCGAAAACAGAUAUAUGCAUCAAAAACAAAAAAUAGUAAUACCAGUUCACAAAAAGUCAAUAUAAUUCGUUAUUUAUACAGCAUUUAAUAUAUUUUGCAGUUAUUUAGCAUCAUAUUACUUUUUCAAAGGGAAAUAAUGUAGCUUAUACAAUUUGCGUGGUCUUUUAGUUUGCUUGUUUUUAUUUUGAAAUCACCCAUGCUAAUGUAUCCUGAAAAA